AUGCGGGAGGCGCUGGAGUCGCCGAGGUCAAAGGUGACACUGGCCAGCCUGGCUUACUCCGCCAACAUGGGACCCGGCACCGGUUUCCGACUCGCCAACGACGAUCUGUUCCGGAGCGCCAAGGGCGUGAGUCGCCGGCGGCUUGUGGAGACUUACGGCGACCUGGAGGUGGUCGGUGCCACGGCAGCCGCGGAGACUGACCUGUCUGGUCAACUCACGGGCAACGUUUACGGACGCGUCGCUCUCGGGCUGGAAGAAGACAUCCCUGACCCGGACGCGUGCCAGACACCUAUUUCAGAGAUGUUGGAGAUCGCGAUAAGAGCAGAGAAUUAUGACGUCAGCGACGAGCGCAUUGAGAACAAAGACGGCCGCCGACUUGUGUACAUAGAUCCUGACACUCACCUCGCCUCAUUGGCGUAUCGUGUGGAGUUUUUCUAUGCCGGUCAGCGAGUGGUCAGUCGGCCCGCGUACUUCAUCGACGCCUGUAACAGGUCUGUCCUACUUCACUUUGACCAGAUACAGAACGUGAGCGUCGCGCGUGACUCGAUGGGAGCACAAGCGUGUGCAUGUAACCCCAGCGCCGCCGGGAUAGGAGGGAACCCAAAGACUGGCCGGAUCGAGUACAACAAAGACGGACGGUGUUUGGCUGUGCAGGUCUCGGGUACCACAUGCACGAUGUCCAAUACGUAUGGCUAUGUCGUCGACAACCAGCAGACUAGAGACCGCUUCCGGACAAGACCUGUGCGCUUCACCUGUCGAAAUGGCUAUUCCGAUCCUGUUAACGGAGCAUUUGGCGUAGCGUCAGAUGCAUUUUACUUUGGCACCAUCACGGGAAGGUUGUAUGUGGAAAAGUAUGGCAUCAGAGCGCUCCCGUACCCACCCCGCAUUGUUAUUCACUACGGCUCCUGCUACCAAAAUGCAUUUUGGGAUGGCACGGAUAUGUACUUCGGAGACGGCUGCUCAACUUUGUAUCCACUUGUUAGCCAGGACAUAGUCGCUCACGAGCUCGCUCACGGCAUCACGAGCAGAAACAGCCGCCUCUUUUACUCGCUUCAAUCAGGAGGCAUCAAUGAAGCCUUUUCCGAUAUUUCUGGGGAGAUAGCCGACAAGUUUGGCCACGGCUCCAACGACUGGAUGGUUGGCUACGAACUGUAUAAAAGAGAUAGACCUCUGCGCUACUUCAUCAACCCCCCAGACGACGGUCGGUCCAUCAGCCACGUGCGAGAUUACAGCAGCUCUCUGGGCGUUCACAGCACCAGCGGUAUCUACAACCACGCCUUCUACCAGAUGGUAGCCAUUGAGGGCCUGCCAAUCUACCACGCUUACAAGUGUUUCCUGGACUCUAACCUCCAGUGCUGGCAGUCACUGACACAGUUCUGGGAGGGAGCCUGCUGCGUGAUGCAGAUGUGUUAUGACAACGGUUAUGAUGUCAUUAAGGUACGGUCGGCCUUCUCCAGGGUGGGCAUCUACCUGUUUCGGUGCGACUUUGACGGGUUUUCGUCUAUCGUAAAGUCUGGCGAGACGAGACGAGAGAUCUUGGUGUCGGCGACACGUAACCCCAUUCUGGCGGUGGAGAACGCGGGCGAUGGCCGGGUGUCUGUCACAGCUGAGGCGCAGGAUCUCUUCUCGACCGUCGAUAUCGAAGUGGUGGAAGACGCCGGAGGGGAAGUCGUGUUGGUCUCCGGAUCGGGUUCCGUGGAUGUGGAGAGUGAGCUGGAUACGGUCUACGUCAGGCUUUCGUCUCCUAAGGCGGAUGAUGUUAAAGUUGAUAUGAAGGUCGCUUAA